AAGUUCUGUAACCCAAUUAUUUUUGAUUAGCAUCUGUUAAAACCAUAGCUGUGUUCCUUUGGAGAAAAAUUACCUAGGCAAUAGAAGACUUUACAGACAAAAUUAAAGGCUACGCCACGGUGCGAUGCGCCCCCUAAUUCAGCAGCAAGGUUUUGUUUACAGGGAUCUGUAGCAGUUAAUUUUCAGCAGUAGCUGCAGAACAUUGAAAUGGGCACUGUGCUAUCUACUCACCCUUUAUGGCACUGAACCCUUUUUUAUGUUUCUCCAAACAUGUACCUCUCAGAACUUAGUUUUUCUUCCCUUUUCCAGGUGUCUGAUAAAGUGGGAUGGUAACAUCAUGCUUCAUCAGUAUAUGGCCAUUACUAACAUGGUUUAUCCUCACAAUUCCUUAAAUGCAAGCUUUGGGUAAAAUCCAUACAACCAACUCCUGACUUUUGAAAGCUUCAGAAUAUUUAAAAAUCAAGUGUGUGAUGAUCACUUAAAAUGGGGAAUAGAUAUAUAAUUACACAAUGUAUGUGAAAUGUGUAGGCAGCAACAUUGGCUUCCAGAUCUCCACAUUUCAACACAUUAGAUCACCUUAUUUCAACACAUAUAGAUAGGAUCCCAAUUACAAGAUCCUAUGACCUAGAAAAAACAUAAUCUGAUGCAUGCUGGGGAUGUUCUUAAGGCAUUAUGGGAGGGAACUUUUGCUGCAGUGUGAAAGAGCAUCUUCAACAUGGCAGCUGAGGUGCUUUCUUUGCUGGGAAAAGCUGGGAAGAGACUGGCAGGAUGGCGACUUCAGGAGUUAAUAACUCUCCAGAAGAAAAACGCUAUGGCAAAGAGAAUAAAAGCUAAGCCCACUUCAGACAAACCUGGAAGUCCAUAUCGCUCUGUCACGCACUUCGACUCGCUAGCUGUCAUAGACAUCCCUGGAGCAGACACUCUGGAUAAGUUAUUUGAUCAUGCUGUGUCCAAGUUUGGGAAGAAGGACAGCCUUGGGACCAGAGAGAUCCUAAGUGAAGAAAAUGAAAUGCAGCCAAAUGGAAAGGUUUUUAAGAAGUUAAUUCUUGGGACUUAUAAGUGGAUGAGCUAUCUAGAAGUGAACCGCAGAGUGAAUAAUUUUGGUAGUGGACUCACUGCAUUGGGACUAAAACCAAAGAACACUAUUGCCAUUUUCUGUGAGACCAGGGCCGAAUGGAUGAUUGCGGCACAGACCUGCUUUAAGUACAACUUCCCUCUUGUGACUUUAUAUGCCACGCUUGGCAAAGAAGCUGUAGUUCAUGGCUUAAAUGAAUCCGAGGCCACCUACCUGAUCACUAGCGUUGAACUUCUGGAAAGUAAACUUAAGACUGCACUGUUAGAUAUCAACCGUGUCAAACAUAUAAUUUAUGUGGACAAUAAGACUAUCAAUAAAGCAGAAUACCCUGAAGGGUUUGAGAUUCACAGCAUGCAAUCAGUAGAAGAGUUGGGAUCCAAGCCAGAAAACGCGAGCGUGCCUCCAAACAGACCAACUCCUUCGGACAUGGCUAUUGUCAUGUAUACCAGUGGUUCUACCGGCCGGCCCAAGGGAGUGAUGAUGCACCAUAGCAAUUUGAUAGCUGGAAUGACAGGCCAGUGUGAGAGGAUUCCUGGGCUGGGACCAAAGGACACUUACAUUGGCUACUUGCCUUUGGCUCAUGUGCUAGAACUGACAGCAGAGAUAUCCUGCUUUACCUACGGCUGUAGGAUUGGCUAUUCUUCUCCACUUACACUCUCUGACCAGUCCAGCAAAAUUAAAAAGGGAAGCAAAGGAGACUGUACUGUGCUGAAGCCGACACUCAUGGCGGCCGUUCCGGAAAUCAUGGACAGAAUUUAUAAGAAUGUUAUGAGCAAAGUCCAAGAGAUGAAUUAUAUUCAGAAAACACUGUUCAAGAUAGGGUAUGAUUACAAGUUGGAACAGAUCAAAAAGGGAUACGAUGCACCACUUUGCAAUAUGUUACUGUUUAAAAAGGUGAAGGCUUUGCUGGGAGGGAAUGUCCGCAUGAUGCUGUCUGGUGGAGCCCCGCUGUCUCCUCAGACACACCGAUUUAUGAAUGUCUGCUUCUGCUGCCCUGUGGGUCAGGGUUACGGACUGACAGAAUCAUGUGGUGCCGGCACAGUUACUGAAGUUACUGACUAUACUACGGGCAGAGUUGGAGCCCCUCUUAUUUGCUGUGAAAUUAAGCUAAAAGACUGGCAGGAAGGCGGCUACACAAUUCAUGACAAGCCAAACCCCAGAGGGGAAAUUGUAAUUGGUGGACAGAAUAUCUCCAUGGGGUAUUUUAAAAAUGAAGAGAAAACGGCAGAGGAUUACUCUGUGGAUGAAAAUGGCCAAAGGUGGUUUUGCACUGGAGAUAUUGGAGAAUUUCACCCUGAUGGAUGUUUACAGAUUAUAGAUCGCAAGAAAGAUCUGGUGAAGUUACAAGCAGGAGAAUAUGUAUCCCUUGGGAAAGUUGAAGCUGCAUUGAAGAACUGUCCACUAAUAGACAACAUCUGUGCUUUUGCCAAAAGUGAUCAGUCGUAUGUGAUUAGUUUUGUGGUUCCUAAUCAGAAAAGGUUGACACUUUUGGCACAACAGAAAGGAGUGGAAGGAACUUGGGUCGAUAUCUGCAAUAACCCUGCCAUGGAAGCUGAAAUACUGAAAGAAAUUAGAGAAGCUGCCAAUGCCAUGAAUCUGGAGCGAUUUGAAAUUCCUAUCAAGGUCCGCUUGAGUCCAGAGCCAUGGACCCCUGAAACUGGUUUGGUCACUGAUGCUUUCAAACUGAAGAGAAAGGAACUGAAGAACCAUUACCUCAAAGACAUUGAGCGAAUGUAUGGGGGCAAAUAAAAUGCUGCUCUGUCAUUUACAGGUGUGCGGGAGGUUGUCUGGUGGUUUUUCGGUUCUAGAGUUUUAAGCCUUAUUGAGCUGUCUGUUAGAAUGUAAGGGGCGUAUCAUUCUAAAGACAUGGUAAAAAAAAAAAAAAAGAAAGAAA